AUGAUUAUUAUUCAGGAGGACUGGAUAACUGUGAAUGUGAUUACAAGUAGAACACACUUUUCUUAUUAUUUUCCUCAAAGUUCGAUAUAUUUGCACGUAAAUUCUAGUGAGGAUUUAAAACUGACUGUCGGAAAUCAAGCGUCUCUCGACUCUUCUGUUGGCGUUUGGAACAUCAUUUUUGUGUUUUUUGGAUGUUUAUUAAUAAUUAUUUUCAUUUUGUUUGUCGUGUUUCGGAAGAGGAUAGAAUAUCGGGUGUACAGAGUUAAACAAACAAUAAGGCGAGGCAGACGACUUCCGGGUGAUUGCGAGACAGGGCGGCCAUUCUUUCAAGAGAACAAGAAGUAUGACGUGUAUCUAUCUUAUUCUGAGGAGGACUACCCAUGGGUUAGAGAGCAUCUUCUGUCCCACAUAGACAAAUGGGAAACCGAGGAGAACAGCGUUACUGCUUUUGGUACAUACAAAAUAUAUUGUAGUGAUCGAGAUUCCCAUCAUGGCAAGUCGGAACUAGAGAAUAUGUGCGAAAAUAUUGAGCUGAGUCGAGUUGCCGUUGUUGUUUUGUCCAGCAGUUACACGCAGAAACAUCUACACACAGUGGAACUAGAGCACCUUCUGUACAGCAAGGAUGUGUCAGUUAUCAAGGAUAUUGUCAUCAUUAUGAUUGAAGAUCUUAAGUUCAAACAAAUUCCAGCAAUCCUCCAUCACCAGAUUAAACAAGACAAAUUCCUCCGAUGGGAGGCCGAUGAAACGAAAGAGAAGAAAUUCUACAGAGAUUUGAUGAGAUUUCUUAAGUGAUACUUUUUGUUUUCGUUGUUUCUUGUACUAAUAGUCAGAGAUCUCUAAAGACCUCUGAAUAUUUUCGCCGAUAUUUGACUUAAAAUUAAGGAUGUAUUUUUGCAUUUUUAAUAAUAAAAAAACUGAAAUAAAUAUUUUAUGAAAAUAAUUCUUUAAGACAUUGGGUUUUA